GCUUUCCGGGGAAUGAUGGAAAAACGUAAACCCGCCGGACUGCUGACCUGGCCUUACCACUUCCGCACGGGGCCCCUGGGGAUGCCGGAGACUCUCCCUCGCCUCCCGGUAAGGGACCCCUGCAGGGUGUCCCUGCAUUUGGACGCCGCGUGCUGGCCGCGGGCGCACGCGGGCGGCGCCCCGAGGCGGCCCUACCUGUCCCUGCCGCUGGAGGGCGCCUUCGAGCCCGCCUUCCUCCGCAAGCGCAACGAGCGGGAGCGGCAGCGGGUGCGCUGCGUGAACGAGGGCUACGCGCGCCUCCGGGACCACCUGCCUCGGGAGCUGGCGGACAAGCGGCUCAGCAAAGUGGAGACGCUCCGCGCCGCCAUCGGCUACAUCAGGCACCUCCAGGAGCUGCUGGAAUGCCACGCGCUGGAGCAGGAGCGUCCGGACGGCUCCGGCGCCCCACGCCGGGCUGAAUGCAACAGCGACGGCGAAUCCAAGGCCUCCUCGGCACCCUCGCCCUGCAGCGAGCCGGAGGAGGCCGGCAGCUAGCGGAUGCCCGACCCCCGUGGCCGUAGCAUGGCCGCAUUGGGUGUCUGGUCUAGGUU